CUUCUGUUUCCGGUAUGCGACAGUGCGCCAGGCAGCGGCUCUUACUGAUAGACACUGGAAUUCAUGGACGUGUUUUAUUCGUUAAAAAUAUAUACCUGAUCUUGCAUCUGAAUUAAUUAGUAAUCACAGGGACCAGGACGGAGGGUAGUUGUUCAUAAUGUCGGCCAGUGCGGUGUAUGUACUGGAUCUGAAAGGGAAGGUCCUGAUCUGUCGCAAUUACCGUGGUGAUGUGGACAUGUCAGAGAUCGAGCACUUCAUGCCCAUUCUAAUGGACAAGGAGGAAGAGGGAACGCUUUCUCCUAUUCUGGCACAUGGAGGGGUCCGGUUCAUGUGGAUCAAACACAACAAUCUGUACCUUGUUGCUACCUCCAAGAAGAACGCGUGUGUGUCCUUGGUGUUUUCCUUUCUCUACAAGAUUGUCACGGUGUUCUCCGAGUAUUUCAAGGAGCUGGAGGAAGAGAGCAUUCGGGAUAAUUUUGUUAUCGUCUACGAGCUGAUGGACGAGUUGAUGGAUUUUGGAUACCCUCAGACGACCGAUAGUAAAAUCCUUCAGGAGUACAUCACCCAGGAGGGACACAAACUGGACACAGGGGCCCCCCGUCCUCCAGCCACUGUCACCAACGCCGUCUCCUGGAGAUCGGAGGGCAUCAAAUACAGGAAAAACGAGGUGUUCCUGGACGUGAUCGAAUCUGUUAAUCUCCUGGUCAGUGCCAAUGGGAAUGUUCUGCGCAGUGAGAUCGUGGGCUCUAUCAAAAUGCGAGUGUUCCUCUCAGGAAUGCCUGAGCUCAGGCUCGGACUCAACGACAAAGUCCUGUUCGACAAUACUGGCCGAGGAAAGAGCAAGUCUGUGGAGCUGGAAGAUGUGAAGUUCCACCAGUGUGUGCGUCUGUCUCGCUUUGAGAACGACCGCACCAUCUCAUUCAUUCCACCAGAUGGCGAGUUUGAGCUCAUGUCUUACCGUCUCAACACUCAUGUGAAGCCGUUGAUCUGGAUUGAAUCGGUGAUUGAGAAGCACUCGCACAGCCGCAUCGAGUACAUGAUCAAGGCUAAAAGUCAAUUUAAACGCAGAUCCACAGCCAACAAUGUUGAAAUCCACAUUCCCGUCCCAACCGACGCUGACUCGCCCAAGUUUAAAACCACAGUGGGCAACGUGAAGUGGAUUCCAGAGAACAGCGAGAUAGUCUGGUCUGUUAAAUCAUUCCCGGGAGGAAAGGAGUACCUGAUGAGAGCCCACUUUGGCUUGCCGAGCGUGGAGGCUGAGGAUAAAGAAGGAAAGCCGCCCAUAAGUGUGAAAUUUGAAAUUCCCUAUUUCACAACGUCAGGAAUCCAAGUUCGUUAUCUGAAGAUCAUUGAGAAGAGUGGGUACCAGGCCUUGCCGUGGGUACGAUACAUCACCCAGAAUGGAGAUUACCAGCUCAGAACCAGCUAGAGAAAGCGUCCCUCUGUGGCCUGUGAUACUGAAGCCUCCACAGUCUUCUCUGGUUUUAAGAUCGACUGCAUUGUGUUUGUGUCCUGGACCUUUCUGUUAUCAUCACUAACAUUUCACUUAUUUGUAAACCACUGAUGGAGUGCGAUCUCCCUGUGAUUCAGACUGAAGUAAUGAAGUAACCGUUAGCAACCGCAUCAGCAUCAGUUCAACAGUGUUUUUGACAAUGUUACAUUAUAUA